AUCUGCGUUUGCGCCUGCGCACUAACUGCUGCUCUGUUGUACGUUUACAGUGGCGAGAAUGGCUCCUCCGAGCGAGGCGAUCGUAGAGUGGCAGACCAGUCAAAUUAUCAAAUAUCUGCUUGCGGACGACGAUGAAAUUGAAGAACGUAGAUCCCAUGAUGAUAUGAUAGAGGCGGACGGUCCCGGCGGUAAGUGUAUUUCUUCAUUUGUAUUAAUUUUUUUUCACACAAUGAAUGACUGAAAGGUAAAGUGUUAUCUGUUGAGUCAGGGAGGUUGCAUCAUUGGCUACAGUACAGUAGCUUUCAUUUUCUCAUCGGAAAUGGGGUUAAAAUUAAAAAGUGGGAAUUCAUUUUCAAAUGUCGUUAAAGCAACAAUUAAAUAGCAUUGUAUAAUCACAUAAAUAACACAGAUAUGGUUUAGUAUUUGUCCACUGACCAGCAUAUGUAGUCCAGUGCCUCUGCUUAUGCAACCUUUAAACGGUGAACCUUUAACCUGUAAACCCUCUUUAUCUCAGCACCUUCAGUCUGAUCCUGAUGUUAUUAACAGGCUAGGUAGGCUGAGGGACCCCACUGUGUUUACCGUAGAAGGUAUCUUUGAGUACAGAAAUAACAGUGACUAUCAUUAGGUUUCACAUCCUCUGUGCUUCUGUGUUUUUAUUUUCAGAUGAUUUUGAUCCGGUUAUAAUAGCUGAUAAACUAAGAAGUGUGGGUGAUGCCCUGAGUGAAGACUACAGGUUUAAAGCCGCAAUGACUGAACUGAAGAAAGCAGCAGCACAAGAGGUAUUCAUACACAUAUGCAAAUAUGUUUGUCCUGUUUUCAUGUUUGUAGUAUUUUAUGGGAUCACAGGGACAGCUUUCUUUACUUUCUGCAUGUUGUGGAUGUAAACCCAUUUGCACAAUAACAUCCUGAAUCGACUGGAUUUUGAAAUCUUCAGCUGAGCAUCUUAUACAUUGAAUUUUAUAAACAGGUUUAUGUAUAUUUUCAUAACGAAUUGUAUGAAUACCAGGAUAAGAAGCUGUGGCAGACCUCUCAUCCACACUGUUUUUGUGUUUGUAGGGGUGAUUAUAUUAUAGGUAAUGUUAGUCUAGGUAAAAUGAUUGAUGUUAAAGUUUGGAGAUUGAAUAUUGUUUCAAUUUCCUGUUGUCUGAUUUCCAUACCACUGUUUAUUUCUUUUUCAGGCUGCAGAGGCAGCUUUCAGUUGUGGCGUGGAGGCCUUAUGUCAGUCUCAGGUCGCACAGAAGGCGGAAGUUUCUCCAGAGAUGCAGCUUAUCAGAGCUUCAGUUGCCUUUGGACUUUAUAUCAAGAAAUCUAGCCCUGAUCUAAGAAAUAAAGUCCAAAGUACAAUGAUUGCAUUUCUCAACAGGCGAGUGGGCACGUGGGUGACUCAGCAAGGUGGAUGGGUAAGUGUGUCAUUUUGAAUGACUUGAACAUGGCUCCUUACCACGGAAGUCCAACAGCCCUUUGCACCCAAAUAAGCUUCAAAUGAUGGCAUAUCUGUGUUUGCAUACAGAAAACACAAACUGGUACAAACACAGUAACCAAAAUGUCACUUCAUUUGUCCAUUCAAGUGGAAUAAAACAGUAGUCAAUGAUACAGCAUUUUAUGAUCAGUUUUAAAUAGUGAUGCAAAAAUAGGAUUUAGCUGACCUUUUUCCAUUUUUAAGUUAAUGUUCAACCAACAGUUCAAAUGCAGAAUCAAGUCUGUGGAAUUUUAAGUUCUGCAAGGAAAUAUGUCAUUUAGUUGAGACUAUUUUAAGCGUCUGAUGUUGAGUUUCAUUUCUUGUAAUUUCUCCUGUUUAAGAAGAAAUGAAUAUUGGGUAAAAGUAGUUCCUUGUUUUUAAACCGUCACACCUUACUGUAUUAAAACUAAAGAGAAUAUACUUGGUCAGGCACAUGUCUUAACCACACACAACUCUAAUAUUACCUUGUUGGUUUACUCAUCAGGAAUGCAUUGGACUUGUUUAACAGGACUAGACUUGAACUCACCACAUUAACUUAACAGAAGAAAAAGAGGACAAGCUUCUCUCAGUUUCAAUAUCGUGACUGUUGUUUUUAAGUCUAGCAAAAAGUAAACAAAGAAAGAUUCUGGUGUUAAACUUUGCCAGAUAAGCUCAGGGUUUUACAGUUAAUCUCAAAUGUCUCACAGCCACAGAUUAAAUGCUUGUCACAGUGACUUCCUGGAGUUAUAAAUUCCGUCUGUACACAGAGAGAGCAGCUGUGUGCUGUGUGUUGAGUGUCUGAUAAGCUUUACUCUUAGAUCUACGACUGAAACUGGGGACCCAUUUUUCUUUGUAACACAAAUGCUUGACACAGUAAGCCCAAACAGAAGAGUGCAGCCUUUUUAAUUUCAUGUCUUCUUUUGCGCUGCUUAUUCUCUCUGCAAAAUGGUAUCACUUUGAUCUACAUGUAAAGAAGCUAUGAACUGCCGAACAGCUUAACAGACCCCACAAGAUAGUUGUGUAUGACUUGGAUGUCCAGUUCCAUUCUGUAGUAACAAUCUGUAACUGUGUGCUUGGUGUCUUUCAGGAUAAGGUGAAAGUUUAAGUCCAAGUCUCGCCACAGCGGAUUCACACCAGUGAGAGAGGAAGCUUAUUCACCAGUACAACAAAUUUCACCAGCUGACCUUAUUGAGCCACCUUGACUGCCUGUAAUCUGUUUUAUCGUGCAGGCAGACUGCCAUCACACACUAAAGCCUUUUCAAUCUGCUGUCUCACUAAGUUUCUGUUUCACAAUCUUGCACUAAGCCAAUUCUGUAGUACAUGAGUCUACAGUAAAUCACAAUGUUGGGCGAUCAUGGAUUUUAAAACCUGAAGUGAAAUUUGAUUAAAUUGAUUCCAGGUGUUUUUGAGAGGAAAAAUUAUCAUUAUUAUCAUUAUCAACUCCAUUAUUUAUCUGCUGCUGAUUUUGAUUGGCUGAUAAAUAACAUCAGAAGUCAUUGUGCAGAAUAGGUCUUCAUCAAAUGUCACGCACUAUAGUAGCAUCAUUCUUCUAAAUUUACUUUCCACUAUGUCAGUGUUGCACAGUACUGAUGUAACUUAUUCAUUUUUGUGAUCGCAUUUGUACGUACAGUAUAGAUGUGCCAAGUAACAAGUAGUGACUAUUAUAAUUUUGCACUGUUAAACAACCAUAUUCAGACUUUGGGAUUUAUGUGUAUGAAAUAAUUUAUUCAAUCAGGAAUGUCUCUCAGACUUCAAAUCAAGAUGUGUUUUAGGGCGGUUGAUCAAAUGAAAUUGUUUGUUAUUGUUUUUUUUCCAAAGCUUUAUACGGGUAUUUAUCAUGGUGCUUGAAUCUUUUUAUCAAGCUUAGUGGGCUUUUGUGCUAAUCAGGUGAUGGAUGAAACAUUUAAACUUUGAUAUGUUUUUUUUUUCAUUAUGCUAUUUGUGUUUACAUGUUACAGUUGUGAUAUCCAAGUUGGAACCACCAGAAAAGCACCAAAACAUUUAAUGUAAUGUUAUAUGGAUAGCUUUGUUUUAUUUGUAGCUUGUUUUGAGGGAAAGUGCACAUAUUAUUGUUUUGUAAUUUUAUAAAAACAAUUUCAUUAAAAAAAUGUGCAACUGUGAAAA